AGAAUAAGGGAGCAUUAAUGACAAAGCGGUCGACUGCAGACUCUUCACCAGAAACCAUGCACAGAUCAGCACUGUCUGAUCCUCUGGUUUAUGAAGGAGUUGGUCUUAGUGCUCUGGUGCUGAUUUUCAGAUUAAUGUGUUUGGUAGAUUGUUUUAUGUGUCUACAUGAAUAUUUUUAUACAGUGCAGGUCAGCUAAAUGUCAUUCAGGUACAUAUAUGGUAUUUCCCCACCCUCUGUUAUGAGGUAUUUAAAGGAGAGGUUUGCAACCUCUGGAUACCAAAAUACUUUCAUAUCCAGCUAAUAUACAGAAGUAAGCCAUAUACUUUAGUUUCAUAAAUGAUCAACAUGUGCCUUUCAAAAGUUGGAGAGUUACAAACCUGGAGAGUAAAUAGAUAUAUAAUUGAUCAUACUCUUGAUUUACUAUUAUCCUUUGGUACUAUUAUGGUACUUUUAUAAUAUUAAUGUUAUAAUUUGACUGAUUUAUUGUCAUUAUUGUCAUUUAUUGUUUGUUUGGUGCAAUGAAAUUCACAUUUUUAAAAGUGAUUAAAGCAUCCACAUUCUCUCUAAGGGCAAGUAAAAGCAUAAUAAUGUUAACAAAAUGUAUGCAUGCAUUAGAUCUGUUCUGAUAUUUGGUUGAUAUGUACAGUAAUGUCAAGAUAUGCAAGGUGUGUGUAGUGCUAAAAACAGGGAAGGGGAAGAAGAAGUUAAGCAUUGCACCAUAGACACGUCAGUACGGAAGAAAGAAGCAUUUGUCAGUGUUUACGAGUUUUAUUUAGAAACAAAAGUGAUAUAAAUCCUCACCAUGUGGAGCUUUCUUCUUCUCUGGUUCUGCAUGGGUAUCGUUGUUGUUGGUGCUCGAGUUACAGUAUUAGGAUUCAGAGGAAAGACAGCUGACAUCAGAUGCCCUUAUGAAUCUGGAUAUGAAUCAAAUCCAAAGUAUUUGUGUAAAGGCGAGUGCAAAAUUAUAAAUAAAGUCAUCAUGGUUAAAUCCGGAUCUCCAGCUAAAGACCAGAGAUUCUCUCUGAGUGACAACAGGACGGCCAGAGUUUUCACCGUCACCAUCACUGAUCUGAGACUAGAGGAUGAAGGACAAUACUGGUGUGGAGUGGAGAGGACUGUAUUUAAAGAUGUCUAUUCAGAAAUUCUGUUGCUCGUAAAACAGGAUAUUGGGACAACUGAAGGUCCAACCGUCCGCCUGUGUUUAAUGACAAGCACUCGUGUUUCAUCAGCUCCUCUGACUCCUCAAACCCUGCAAGCACAGACGUCUCCACCUGACUCAGGUUCAUUUGAUAUCAUCAUCAUCGUCAUUACAGCAGGAGCUUUGGUUUUGUUCUUCAUCUGUGCUGUGUUGCUUAUUGUGGCCAUACGGAAGACAAAGACAUGUGGUCUGGUUUCCUUCUCCGCUCAGGGGCUUCAUCUGACAUUCAGAAAAGAAGAAGACAAUACGUAUGAGACAGAAACCCCAGCUGUCGUCUCAAACUCACACACAGCUCAGAGUGAUGAAGCGUUCGACACAGACCUCGACGUCAUGACUGCUGCUGCUGCAGUGAGAAACAGUGUGAAUCCAGAUCAGAUCUACACACAACUCAACCCCAGCAGACACAGUCACAUUUAUCAGAGUCUCACCGCUGGGUCUCAAGAAGAGUCCAUCUAUCACACCAUCCAUCAACCACUGGACUGAACACUGAAUCCUCGUCCUCAAAUGAUCAGCCCUUUUCUGUUGCAUGUGAAUGCUGCAUAGACUUUACAAAUGAUACAGUAGCCUCAGAUCAUAUUCUAAGUCUAAUAAAUGUAAAACGGGUGUAAAUAUGAUCACUUUGUCUGUAAAAGAGUGAUGUUCACUAAAUAGGAAGUGGCUAAUCAGGACAAUGACAUUAUGACGCCACAGAUUGACUGAUGAAAUCUCUCACAGCUUGACUCGCUGGGUUUCCUGAACUGUGACAUUAAACAGCACGCAUCUAUUACGAAAUCAUUGAAUGUUUGCAAAACGUGCAGUUAGAGAAAUUAUACAUAUUAUGUCUGGAAACGCAUUGAAUGGUCAUCAGUGGAAAUGGACUUCGCAGCCAGAUGUACAUACAAAUGUAAUCUGAUCAGAUUCAGGCUUUUUUUUGUCUUAAUUUGAUUACAAAAUCCAAUCUUGGUUUUGAUCUGCAUCAAACUGUCAUUAUGUGUGGUUCAAAAUUUUCUAGUAAGAUUACGAUUCU